GCUUCCCAUUCUGCCUUGAGGAUGUACAGGUGACUGCAGACAGAAAAAGAGCACUCCUAAAUCCAGACAGCAACCUGGAGUUCCUCUGCUAAAUCCUGCAGUGUGAGCUUUCCCUGGACACCUCUGCUGAAGGCAAUAAAUGGGUUUUGCAUUUUGAUCUCUUUUGCUUCAUCUGGAGUAACUUUGAGAAAUGAGCCCUGCAGUCAGACUGGCUCUUCUUGGUCUCAUCUCCUGAGGCUGAACGAGCCCCAUGGACAAGGCAGGGCUGUUGAGGGCACUCAGAGUCUCCCCGUGCCUCUGUGGGGCUUCUUCUCAUCGAAUCCUCCUCAGACCACACCUUCUGUUCCAUCGGGGUGUCCAUUCCCAAAAAGCAGGUGGUGACUGUGGUGACCAGGAUCCAUCCUGGGACAUCUGGAGGGAGGCUGAUCUUUGGAAAGCAGCAGCAGAUGGGCGUAGUGCCUGUUGAAAAUUAGGCUCUGACUGUAUACACUGUCCUUAAAACACAAGCAGCUGCAAGAUUCUUGGUCUUCCAAAGGCAGGAGGAGGUGAUGCCUCCCCUUGGCUGGCCUGGCUUGCUCUGUGUGGGGCAGGUUGUGGCCGUGCACACGCAACAGCCACAGCAAAACCAGGAGAGUUCCAAAGAAUUAAAAUUUUUCAGCAGAAAAGGUCACGAGGUCCAGGGUGAGUGUCCCACCCUGGCAGCAAAAGUUGGCUGAUGCCAGUGCAGCCACCACCACAGCAGUCCCAGCCACCACAGCCCCUGCUCCACUGGCUCAACGUGACCCAUGGCUAUUGGCUAUUCCGGAGAUGGCUUCCAUCAGGACUUCUUCGUUUUCUUUUUUUUUUUUUUUUUUUUUUUGGUAAAAAAUGUUGAACAAUUCUGGUUUCGUCCCCAUGUGGAGCGGGAAAAAUUUUGAAAUCUUGAACAUUUUUGAGGGCUUAAAAACAAUUUCCCACCCAGUUAUAGCCACCAGUCUCAUCAGGAUGUGUUUGAAAAGCCUCCAGCAGGAGCUGAGCAGAGCUGGUCUCAGCUGGAUACCACUCUCAACGAGAAAUGCCGUGGCAAAGGGUCAUGUUUCUUCAGAAAAAAAGUAUCUUCAAUAGCUCAGGAAGUUAUUAGUGUCUGCUAACAAUAAGAGCUUUGGAUUGAUUCAAUAGAUGCUCAUUUUAAUUGUAAAAUGCCAGUAAUGAGAAAUGUGCCAUCCAAUGACUCAUUUUUCCCUUGUAAAAAUUAUUGGACAUUUUUAUUAGUUUUACAAAUGACAGGACCUCGUAUUUCUGAGAACACUUUAUACAAGCCUUGCACAAGCCCACUCUCAUAAAAGCGUGUCUGUGGUGACAUCCAGAGCCACAAGAAGGGGAGCGGUAGAAAGGCCCAAAGUGGUGAGGACAGCCCACAAGUGGAACUGGCAGGAGCGAACCCCAAGAGGGUGGGAAGGGGUGGAUACAGCACCGGAGACAUGAGCCCCGGCACUCCUUCCCAGCAGUGCCUUUCUGGAGAGGCACGGGGCAGGCCGGGGGAUGGGUGCCAGGCGGCGCCCGCAGCUCUGCCCGGCGCCGAGCCCCGCAGCGGGGCAGCGCUGAGCGGCCGCCGGGGCGGGCGAUGCGCGGGGCGCAGGGAGGGCAGCAGCCAGCGCCGGCCGAGCGGAGCUGAGCCAGUUCCUGCAAUCGUACCUGGAAAGUGCCAGCAGCCAACGCCCACUGCCGAGCCCCCGAUGGGACUAGGGCUGAGCUCCUGCACUCCUGACAGGGAUGAAGUCAGCACCGAGCUGAGUCAGGGCUGUGCCAGAGGCUGUGACCUGUGCUCCGAGUUCAAUGGGUGCCUGAGGUGUUCCCCCAAACUCUUCAUCCUGCUGGAGCGGAACGAUAUCCGACAAAUCGGGAUUUGCCUGCCGUCUUGCCCGCUGGGAUACUUUGGCCUUCGCAAUACGGACAUGAACAAGUGCAUCAAAUGCAAAAUUGAGAACUGUGAGUCCUGUUUCAGUCGAAACUUUUGCACAAAAUGUAAGGAAGGUUUGUAUUUGCACAAAGGGAGAUGUUACGUCACGUGCCCCGAAGGCUACGCUGCUGCCAACGGCACCAUGGAGUGCAGCAGUCCUGCACAAUGUGAAAUGAGUGAGUGGGGGCCGUGGGGGCCCUGCUCCAAGAAAAGGAAGCUCUGUGGCUUCAAGAAGGGCAAUGAGGACCGAACACGGCGGAUCCUGCAGGCCCCCUCUGGGGACGUGUCCCUGUGUCCUCCCACCACAGAGGUGCGGCGGUGCACGGUGCAGAAGAGCCAGUGCCCCGAAGGGAAAAGGAAGAAAAAGGAGGAGCAAGGAAAGCAAGGUAACGGCAACAGGAAUCGGAAAGACACCAAAGACACCAAGUCUGGCACCAAGAAGAGGAAGAACAGGCAGAGGGGGCCCACGGUGCCCGCCACGCCCGCCAGCCCUGCCCAGUAGCUGGCCCCGCGUGUCGCCCGCUGGCAAGACAACGUUGCUGCUAUGUAUAUGAAAGCUUUAUUGAACAGAGCACUGCUACACCAUGUACACGUGUCCAGAGACAGACAUAUACUCCAGACUGACCACGGACCGACACAGGCCACACACACAGUGCUGCAGGAGGCUGCACACCCCUCACCACCCCGCCCAGGAGCGUGGGAGGACGCUGCUGAGGAGUGGGAGCGCACACGGAGGCAAAGCCACAGCCCCAGGGCUCCGUGGGGACACUGCAGGGAGGAGAGGGGGAGCAUAAGCCAGUGAAGGACCCAGAUAUGGGAUUGAUUUCAUGAACGAAGGCCUCAGCUGGAGCACAAGCACGUGGCCCCAGCACAGCCCCACUCAGCCAGGGGAUGAGACUGAACCCACUCUCCAUGACCUGGCACCCAGACACACACAGCAGUGGCCUCUUUCUCUUCCCUCACCCUUUAUUUUGUGUUUUAAGCUGUAUGACUUUAUCAUUGUGAAUACAUGUUAAAAGUUUGUGGUAAGAGGUCAGUGGUAUCUGCCCUGAAUCUGCUUCAAAGAAUUAUUUCAAAUUAAAAAAGAAAAAAAGAGAAAAAAAACCCAACAACACAACAAAACAAAUCAAAAUGACAACCAGCUUCCUGAGUGUGUGGUUCAUACCUUGGCCCCUAUGGAGGCUGGUGUCCCACAGGACAGAGACUCACUUGUGGAAGGGAAACUCACCAAAGCUUUAAGAAAAAUCCCAGAAAACGCUGCCAGCAGCCACAGAUCAGCUGUCCUGCGUGAGGGACCCCAGCUGCACCCCGCCGAGCCCCGAGGGAUUCCCCGCUGAAGGAUGCACUUAACACACAGCAGAUUGAGAAAAUGAGAGGUUACAACAACCCACGGGCUGGUGGAACAUCGUGACUGCUCUCAGACAGUCCCAGCUGGGGGACAGUCCCAGCUGGGGACAGUCCCAGCUGG